CAUUGACAUAAGGAUUCUCGAUCCUCCACUUUAGGAUCGUUUCCAUCCUUAGCCAUCCAAAUCCUAAGAUCUUCGGCGCAAGCCCAGCAAGGAUAGAAUUUGGAAAAAUUAUAUAAAAAGCUUGACAUAUUGGUUUUCUCCACAGUGGUGGGUUUUUUUGGGUAAUUAGCAGCCAUGGCAUGUAAAAAUGUCCAAGUGCUACGGCCUAACUCAGCAACAUCUGGUAAUCUAGGAAACGAUACGGAGUCUGGUACUUCAUUUGAAAUUGUAUGAGAUUCAGACAUAUCCGUCAUUGGCGACUCUGUUUUUGAAGGAACAGCAUUUUGUUUCCUAGCGUUCAUUCCAGUCGUAGCGGAUUGAAAUGAGGAGAAUAUGUUACAACUUUUGCAGGGUUUUCCAUUUUCAUCGUAAAUUAUACCUGUUUCUUUGUCUCUAUAUCUCUUUCCAAACAUUUUUUAAGCGUUUUCGGAAGCCAACUCGAUUAGUCUUAAGAAGUAGAAGAAAGCCAACGAAGUAAAAACGGUCAGGAGAACGCAAUUAAAGACCCAAAAGCCACUUCUAAUCAAAAUGAUAGAAUUGUGAAUGGCUUUUUUUUGAAAAAUAUUCAAGUUAUGUUUUUUCCUUGUCUAAAAUGAAACCAGCAUCGAAUACGUUGCGUUCCAAAUUUCUUGAAAAAUUUAUGUAUUGGGAUUUUUAAAUUUACAAUUCUAAUUCAUAUGGAACAGAAAAACAAGUCCAACUGACCAGUUUGAAGAUCCUCCAUUGGUUUGGUAUGAACAGUAUUGCGAGCGCGUUUAUAAACAAGCUCAGGAGCUUCUAGCCAUUUUCCAUCCUCAACUUAAAGGAUAAGGAACUAUAACCAACUGCUAACAAUGAAACUCUCUCCACACUCUUGAAAACUCGAAGCCAUUACAGAAAUUACGCAUAAUGAAACUGCCUAAAUAUGCGUGAAUGUUGAGCCAAAUGUCGCAUUGAAUCAAAGAACUGCAAAUAGAUCCUAAUAAUUACUGAUCUUUUCAGAGCCUUUUUUAUAACAAGAGAAAAUUCAAGCAUUGUUUGUUUACGAAUGAGACAUACUGCACUCCCUGAAGAGAACAUUGUUAUCCCAAGUUUACCAGCCAUUUUACGAAGUACUGAACACAUUUUGCCAAGGAAAACCGUUGGCAAAUACAACUUUCUCUUACAUUGAGCUUGGUGAUAAAUUUAUUUUCGUAUUUGUUUAAAAUUUAUUAGUUUACUUUAGUUUGACGGCUUGAAAAUCCUAGGGUCUCUUAGUAAGAGCUGCUGUGCAUUGUUUACUAUGGGAAUCAAAGGUCUCGCUCAGGUGUUGGCGGAUAACGCUAAUUCAAGUGUAAAACACAAUGACAUUAAAAACUAUUUUGGCAGAAAGGUAGCUAUCGACGCGUCUAUGAGUCUUUAUCAAUUUCUCAUUCAAGUCCGUGGACAGGACGGUCAACAGUUAAUGAACGAACAGGGAGAGACCACGAGUCAUUUGAUGGGAAUGUUUUAUCGAACACUACGAAUUGUUGAUAAUGGCAUUAAGCCAUGCUUUGUGUUUGAUGGAAAACCUCCGACUUUGAAGUCUGGCGAAUUAGCGAAGCGAGUUUCUCGUCAUCAAAAGGCCAGAGAAGAUCAAGAAGAAGCAAAAGAAGUCGGUACUGCGGAAAUGGUGGAUCGAUUUGCUAAACGAACAGUGAAAGUCACGCGCCAACACAAUGAAGAAGCCAAACGUUUACUUGACUUGAUGGGGAUUCCAUAUGUAACUGCUCCUUGCGAAGCAGAAGCUCAAUGUGCAGAGUUAGCUAAAUCUGGAAAGGUUUAUGCUGCUGCUUCAGAAGAUAUGGACACUUUAUGUUUUCGAGCUCCCAUUCUUCUUCGUCAUCUUACCUUUAGCGAGCAAAGAAAAGAACCUAUUAGUGAAUAUUAUUUGGAUAAAGCUUUAGAAGGAUUGGACAUGCCCGUGGAGCAAUUUGUGGAUUUAUGUAUAUUACUGGGAUGUGAUUAUUGUGAUCCAAUUCGCGGUGUUGGACCCGCAAGAGCAAUAGAACUAAUUCGUCAAUACGGCAGUCUUGAAAAAUUUGUCAAAGAAGCCGACCGAUCGAAAUUUCCCAUUCCAGAAGAUUGGCCUUAUGACGAUGCACGUAGGCUGUUCUUGGAAGCUGAAGUAAUUCCAGGUGAUCAAGUGGACUUGAAGUGGAAAGGCCCUGACACAGAAGGUAUAAUUAAGUUCCUUGUGACCGAAAAAGGAUUCAAUGAGGAUCGUGUUCGAUUAGGAAUUUCCAGACUGGAGAAAGCAGCAAAAACCGUACCUCAGGGCCGCUUAGAUUCUUUUUUCAAACCUGUACCUUCUAGUCCAAAAAAGUCUACUGAAGCCGGCAAAACAGCGAGCGGUAAACGGAAACGUGACACGAAAGCUACUGGAGGAAAUAAAAAGCGAUAGAUUUACUUUACUUUUACGGACAUUUCCUUUAUGAAGCCGAGUUUUCUUUUGUUUGUGUGAUUAUAUACGGAAUUUUUUUGUAUAUUAAGACUAAUUUUUAAUCAUUUAUUCAAUUGCAUUCAUCAAGAAAAAGUCGUUUACAAAACAGGGGUAUUCGUUAGAAAUAACGAAGUUGUCGAUAUUAGUAUAAACA